CAACUUUCAUUUUUCUCUUGCCAAUUUCCCAAACCUUCAUAUCUUCCCCAGAAGCAUAGCAUGCAAUUGCUCUUCUAAAACAAUAAUGGAGUUUUGCCUGUAGCAAAAAAAGACCAGAGAGUACUACUUUAUUACUUGUUCUUGUAUAAUACCAUUUCCUAUUUUCUACUUUCGGGUCCUUCCAUUUCGAUGAUUGUCUAAUUCGCCAUAAAUUGUACUCCGAGAUGGAUACCCAAAGUGCGACGUGGCAUCCAGCCAAGAUGCCGCUCUCUAAUUACGACAGCCACCAAACAACAACAACACAGCUCGACGAGCCGCGGGAUCAGCCAGUAAAGGCUAUCGAGGAACACACUACGGAUCAUUCAAAUCAAAAUAUGCCAAAUACGGAUAUAGUAGAAGAAGGAUCUCCCGCUCAGCCUAUGAAAGAUGGCGCAUUUCUUGACCAAUUCGAUAAUGAUGACGCCGGAGCUGCUGCGUGGGACCUUUCGGACCCGUCGCCCGCUCCAGCGCAACCAGCGCCACAGGGCGAUGAUACUUUCGAAUCCAGUUACCAAGACGACAUUGCCCAACCAGAAUCGGUACCAACGGGUAACUUGCCCAAACAUUCGAGUAGAAUCUCGUUUGCGCGUACCGUGUCCCACGAAGUAAGCUUUGGUGAUGACGAGGAUACGGAGUGGAACCUGCAGCGAACAGAUACCGACCCCUUCAAAUUCAUGCCUCCAAGUGAUAGGACGAACUCGUUCCCUGCUGUGCCACAUAGAGAAGAUGCGACCGAAGACCUUAUAGAACAGCCGCCUCCCUCGACUCAGGCUCAAGAUAUCAUCCAAGAUUUGGAAAACGACGAUUCUCAUGCCGAUUUGGUCGCACAAUCCGAUUUUACCAGCACUUUUAACCACGAUCACGCCACCGAGGAUUUUAGUCCAGCCGAGGGUUCGUUCCCACAAUACGUUGGUGGGGAUCUCGUAGGCGCCGAAGAGGAGGAAUCAGAUGCUCGGUUCGAGGAAGGUCUUCCGCUGAUCCCGCAAAAUGAAGAGCAUGCCGAAGUCGCAGAAGGAUAUAGUGAACCUCAUCGCUCGAAUCCUGGAGAUGCUUUUACGCAAGAUGAUGCCGCAGAAGGGGACGACUUCUUCAACCAAGUUAGUAAAGGGGAUUCUCAACUAGACGGAGACGGCGCUUUUGACCGGACUUUACUUAGGAAGUCUUCGACUAUGGCAAUGGGCGAUGAUGUUAUAGACUCAGAAGUUUCGACUCCGAUCGACGGUCCUGCGCCGAAAGCACCGGUCAUAUCAGACGCGCAUUCUCGGGAUAUUGUCAACGGUGAUUCUAAACCCCAACAAGAGGAAGAAGUUAGUACUCAACCCAGUACUCAACCAGGCGGCGUAGAUAUCGACGCUAAGUGGGCGGCUGCUUUUGACGACGACGACGACGACUUUUUGGACUCGAUAAACGAAUCUAGAGAACUCGACCCGGCAGAAAUCUUUGGGAGCGAUGACGAAGGAUUUUUAGAAGAAACGACCGAGGAGACGCCAGCGAUACCUGCAAUUUCUACAUAUCAACCUAAUAAUAUGGCUACCCAACCUCAUUCGGCAAGUUUAAAUGGACGUUACACUCCCGAAAAUCUACAAUAUUCUGCACAACCGCCUGUAAAUCCUUACGCACCUACCCCAGCCGUUUCUCAAAUACAGCCACAAUAUCCGUCCUAUGCCCCUGCGGCGACAGCUCCUCCCCCAGCAAUGGGUGGGUAUGGACAGCCUCCCCCGAAGCCUACUAUAUCUAAAGCUCAGAGUUUCGCCGAUAAGUCUAAGGGUGGCUACACUUCUCCAUAUGACCUCCCGAUGGAAGUCGUUAAACCGCCGAAGAAGCGGAUUAGCUUGCAACAACUGCCGCGGGCAACUCAGGCGUCUUCGGGGUUAGCACCACCGAGCGGUCCUCCACGAAGCGCGAGUAUGAAUUAUCAACCACCGCCAUCUGGCGGUUCGAGCGCAAGUCUUUCACCUCCUAGCUCAAGCCACUCGAGUCAACCUCCGCCUCCGCCAUCACAAAAGGCAACUCCUCAGCUGAAGUCGAAGGGUAGCUUCUUUGAGGACUUGCCUAUGGCGUCGAAACCGCGGCCUGCUUCACGACACAACAACCCUCUUUCUCCGCCGCAGCAAAGCCCAUACGGGCAACUUCAAGGAUCUCCAACUAUGCAUCCUCUACCUCCGCCACAUUCCCCUCAACUCCAGGCAACUGGUGUUGCAUCGCUAGUUCCCCCAGAGCGUCCUAACCCCUAUGCCUCAUUGCAGUCCCAGUCGCCCCCCAAGCCAAUCCCCCCUCCCGCCGCAAACUCCAGGUACUCUCCAGCGCCAGCUCAGCUAUCAGUAAACGGAAUACACCCCCCGCCAGCUGCCAGCCGCUACUCGCCCGCCCCAUCUAGCGUUCGUUCUUCUAGUGGUGGAUAUACCGCUGUUCCACCUCCAAUCCUAGCACACCAGCCGCGAACUUCUAGCCCCUUAGCCCAUUCUCAUUUCGAAGUAUCGCAUGACAAGACGAUUCCGAGUCCAAAUGGCGAAGUUCCGUCUCUAAGUCGAAAUAGCUCAUCUCAGUAUGAACCUCGUCUUACUAGAGUUCCUUCAUUGCCACCAACGCAAGAAGUCGAAGAGGAACCAUCUUUGCUAAGGUCUCCGCCCACGGCCCCUAAGCCUUCUUCCGAGUCGAGGUAUAGUCCGGGACAGGCUAUGCAUACUCCGCCUCUUAUGAGCUCUCCUGCUUUUAGCGCAAUGUCACCUCCUAAACGCUCGGCAUCGAGUUACGUUCCUCUUUCGCCUCCGAUUGUGCAGCACAAGGAGGUUAAUUUCGUGCCACCACCGCGACCACAAACCCAGUCGCCUGGUGCAGUCUAUGGUAACCGAACAAGCGGGAAACCAGUCGAUUCCGUUCCUCGACCCUCUUCUGUGCAGGGUACAGCCCCACCUCGUGAGAUGCCGGGAGUGAACGGAAUUGCACCCGUUGUAAGAGCUCGUGGCAUGUCUCAGCAUUUAAAUCUCGUCCCACCGACCGACGGCCGAGAGUUGGAUCCGUUGCAAAGGUGGCGAGGAGCACCAGUGGUUAGCUGGGGCGUAGGAGGAACGCUUGUGACUUCAUUCCCUACGGACGUUCCUAGGUACGGCAUAAGUCAGGCAUUGCCAAUGAUUGUGCGUAGUCCGGGCGAAGUGAAGGUUAAGCAUAUCAAAGAUAUCCAACCAUUGGAAGAGCGCCUAGCCAAAUUCCCAGGCCCUUUGAAGAGCAAAUCAAAGAAGAAGGAAACUUUGGCAUGGCUGUCCGCUGGCAUCGAUGGUUUAGAAAGUAACCUUCCGAAUGUCUCAUUUCAUCAGACAGUCUCACACGAAGACAAGAGGGCCAUUGAACGAGUACUACUGUGGAAAAUUCUACGGGUCUUUGUGGAAAACGACGGUCUUCUCGAAGGGAACCCUACGGUAGAUAAGGCUGUUAUGGAGGUCAUCACCCCUGGCCUUGAUACCGACAAUCCGGAACUUGCAUCUGCGAUUUCUACUGGGGUCGAUCUAACCGGCAUUUCUUCACCAGUCACGGGCAUGCAGGCAGACGCAGUCGAUUCUACAGUCACCGAGCAGAUCAGGCACCACCUGCUAUCUGGUGAUCGAGAGAAGGCGGUUUGGGCCGCGGUGGAUAAGAGACUUUGGGGCCACGCGAUGCUUAUCUCGAAUGCGAUGCAGAGUCCUGAUCUGUAUAAGAAGGUUGCUCAGGAGUUCAUCAAGAAGGAGGUGAAUCAUCCCGGUCGCGGGAACGAAUCACUCGCUGCCCUCUAUGGUGUUCUAUCCGGGAACUUCGAAGAGUCGGUGGACGAACUGGUCCCGGUUCAUGCACGAGCAGGUCUUCAGCUAAUGUCAACCUCCGCUUCUAUUGGGGCGUCGCAGGAUGCGCUGGCAGGAUUAGACAAAUGGCGUGAGACACUCGGUUUAAUACUGAGCAAUAGAAGCUUUAGUGAUGCACAGGCUUUGAAGGCGCUUGGUAAUCUUCUCUCUGGAUAUGGAAGAGCGGAAGCAGCUCAUAUCUGUUACAUAUUUGCUAGGAAUUGCGCCGUUUUUGGAGGUCUCGAUGAUCCUAAUGCUAACUUUGUCCUCGUUGGAGCCGAUCACCGUCGCCAGGCUGACCAAUUCGCCAAGGAAACGGAGGCCCUGCAGCUAAGCGAAGUAUAUGAAUACGGACUACUUCUUGCUGGAAGCACAAGCGUUGUUCAGAGCUGCUCGCACUUGGCCGCAUACAAGCUGCAACAUGCUAUGACUUUAGCUGAAUACGGGUAUAGAGAUAAGGCUUUGGCGUACUGCGAAAGCAUCUAUAACGCCAUUGUGGCACAAACGAAGAAAUCCCCGUACUUCAACCCUGUUCUUGAGACAGCCGUGGAUGAUCUUAUGCAGAGGCUGAAGCAGGCUCCAAAAGAAGAGUCUUCUUCGUGGAUCCCUAAACCCAGGAUGGACCAGGUGUCUACUAAUAUGUGGAGCCGAUUCAACAAAUUUGUCGCUGGCGACGAUGAUGAUAAUGCUGCUAACGGAGCGUCGGGUGAUGCCGGUGCCGAAUCUGGCCCUUUUGCCCGCCUUGCAGGUGGCACACCGACGAUCAGUCGUUCCCCAUCCGUCUCUAAUUUCGAGGUAUACGGAAAUGGCGGGCCGUCACCUACCGCGCCAGCCACGAAGGCUGCUUCACGAUACGCGCCGAUGACACCCCAUGAUCCCUAUAAUCCGGCUCCUAGAUCUUCGAUGGAAAGAACUUCAGGCGAAAUGUCCCGAAGCUCGUUAGAAUUGCCGCCAAGGCGUGGAUCGGACAUGCAAUCCGCAUACGGAAAUCCUUAUGCCCCUCAAACGAAUUCCUCUCCUGCUUCUGCUUAUCAGCCUGCAGCGCCAGUGGCGUCCCAAACCUCGCCAUAUGCGCCAGCUUCUCGGGGGUCGGAUUCAGCUCCGCAGCCCACGGGGAUCGGUAUUUCUUUCCCCGGUUACGAUCCAUAUGGCGCCGCACAGACGUCUCCAAACGUCAAUGGCUCUCAGCCACAAAGCCCACCUGCUGCUGAAUUGAAGCCGGAAGCUACAGCAAAUGUCAGUUUAGGCCAGGGUUAUCAACCAUCUUCAUACGGAUAUGAGCCGCCAUCUAUGACCUUUGAAACACCAGUAAUGCAAACGGAAGGCUUUUCAGGUGGAUACGAGCCACCUUCGUUCCAGCCGUCAAGCUUUGAGCCGCCAUCCUACGAGCCUGGCCCUUCUAAUGACGACGGCGAUGAUAAUGCUGAAUCUAAACCUAAGAAAAAGAGCUUUAUGGAUGACGAUGACGAUGAUAUCCCUAGUAUGAAGAGCAAGGCGGACAAGGAUCGGGAGAACGAGGAGAUGGUCCGAAGAGUUGCAGAGGAAGAAGAGAAGCGUGCUGCUGAAGCAAAGGCAGCCAAGAAAGGCUGGGGAUUUGGUGGAUGGUUUAGCGGUGGCAAGAAAGAGUCUCUCGACCAAGCCAACAAGCCUAUCAAAGCUAAACUAGGCGAAGCGAGCAGCUUCGUGUAUGAUCCAGACCUAAAGCGCUGGGUGAACAAGAAGCCAGGAGCCGAGAAUACUCCUGCUAAGGCGGCGACACCGCCACCUCCUAGAUCCGCUUCCCGUACGGGCACUCCUCCGCCACCAGGUCCUACAUCUGCUCCUCCCCCUCCUGGUGGACUAAGUAUUCCUCCUGCCGGCCCUCCUCGACUUACGCCCUCACCCGCCUUAAUAAGCAAGGCUUCUACGGAAAGUCUUUUGGUUCCCGGCGCCCCGCCGAUGAUGAUGCGGUCCGUUUCAAACCAGAGCACUAGUAGCGCUCCGGGCGGACCCAUCAACGCACCGCCCAGCAGGCCGACUACGAGCCUUAGUAACGCUAGUAGCAUCGACGAUCUGCUCGGCGCGGCGGGAUCGGGAUCCGUAAGGAGAGGAGCCAAGAAGGGAAGGAAAUCGGGCCGGUACGUCGACGUGAUGGCGAAAUAAGAUGUACGGUAAACUUCCCUCAACGGAGGAUGUACGAAGACGAAAAACAUGGAUAUCAUAGAUAAUGAUGAAGCCGGUUCGUGUUGUGUGAAGAGAGAAACACACAAAGUGUAUUCGAAUGGAACGGAUUGGAACGAGACCGGACGGCACAACGGCGCAGGCGCAUACAUACACAUACGUUGCUUCUUAAAAGAAGGAAAGAAUCCGACGCUCGAGAUACAUGAGGCGCGCGAACAACUACUUACCUGUAUUAUAUAGACUUAGCGAUUUUGUAAUAAACUGACCGGCCGCUUGGGCUGGGGUGUUGUGAGACUACGAAUACCUGUGUUUGGAUCAUGUUCUGGUGUUUAAUUGGGACGGUCGGUUUUGGGAAACUGUGUUCGACUAGCUAAUAAGAAAA